AUGUGCCAGAGAAAGCAUACCCCCUUCUCUCAAGUCGUUCUGUUAGAAAGCUCUAUCAUCGGCUUAGGUGUGUCUAUCAUACGUGAGGGAACAGAGACCUAUGUUACUGGUUUGGACCUGCUGAAUGCAGAUCCAAAGAGGCCAAACCUAAUUCUUGGGUAUCGUCUGCCAGGGCAAUCCGUGACAAUCAAUCUCUAUGGAUUUGAGGUCAUUGUGGGCGAAGCUGGAAUCCAUGCAAUACGUCCGAUUUUCAACGAGAACAUUCCCACCAGCUGGAUAGGCCUACCAAAGGGUAACGGGAUCGGCAUGACCACCAAACUGGUCCUUGAGCGAGACAUCAAAGCUAUUUCGGGAAAAUUCGAUCCGAAUGUGUAG